AUGUGGGGCGUCCUGGGCAACGCGGCCACCGUUGCGCAGCUGGCCGGGUUCGACGCCGCCGGGCUCAUCGCCAAGAUCCGGCAGGCGGCGCGGACGGCUCAGCAGAACAACAAGGACUGUGAGCUCCUAGCACACCGCGUCGACAUGCUCGGCGAGCUGCUCCCACGCCUGAUGCGGCAGGACCCGGAGGCCGUGCGGGGGCUGGCCGGGCUGGACGGCACACUGUCGGAGGCGCACGAGCUCGUCAUGUCCUGCCAGGGGAGAGGCCGGACGUACAAGUUCUUCACGGCCUCUAGGAUGGCUGACAGGUUCAGGGACGUCGACAAGAAGAUCGACUCCUACCUCUCGCUCAUCCCAACAAUCAGCUACAUCUGCAUAACCAGCCGUCUCGAUGCAAAUCACACCACCUCCCGUUCCCAAUCCCAGCUGGUACUGGAGGAGUCGGGAGCUGAGGGUCGGGAGUUCACGCUAGCGGAGAUAGCGGUGGCCACCAACAACUUCGCCGUCCUGGUCAGCGACGACGCCGACUCUGGCACCAAGGUGUACAAGGGCAAGCUCCACAACGGCCCUGAGGUGGCCGUCAAGCGCCUCAACCGCGGGCGGCGAGGCGCGGAGGACGCCUUCUUCAAGGAGCAGCACAUCCUGUCGCCGCUCCGCCACGACCACAUCGUCCGCCUCUUGGGCACUUGUGCCGACAACGGCGAGCGCAUGCUAGUCACCCAGUACAUGCCCAACGGCUCGCUCUACGACCAACUGCAUGGCCGCAGUCAACUGUCAUCAUCGUCGCCUAUGACUGCGUCGUGGAAGACGAGCGUGCAGGUGCUGCUAGGCGCGGCGCGCGCUGUCGAGCACCUGCACCGCCACGCCAUGCCACUCAUCAUCCACGGCAACAUCGCCUCCUCCAACAUCCUCCUGGACGCCGCUUGGGAGCCAUGCCUGUCCGGCUUCGGCACAUCGGUGUGGCGGGCGGCAGGCGUGGCGUCACAGGCCGUGGAGGUCACCGGCGCCAGGUCGUGCAACGGGUACGCAGACCCGGAGUACAGCAGCACGGGCCGCAUCAAGCCGGCCAGCGAUGUUUACGGCCUCGGUGUGGUGAUGCUUGAGGUCCUGACGGGGCAGCCACCGGUGGUGAGUGUCUGGGACGAGGCGAAGCAUAGCGUGGUGCCCAUGUCCUUGGCAUCGUUCGCGCUGCCGAGCAUCCAGGCCGGUAGGCUCGGUGACGUGCUCGACAGGCGUCCGGCACCACAGCCGACGACCUGGCAGCAACUCCAGCCGCUGCAGCUGGUGGCUGACAUGGCGGUGCAAUGUCUAUAUCUCCGUGGGGAUAACCGCCCCGCCAUAUCAGAUGUCGUCGCCAACCUCGAGCAGGCGCUCCGUCUCAUAUGA